AUUAGAAAGGCAAUCACAAUCAAGAUAUUGUUUGAAGGUUUUAACUUACAUCCUUACCUCCAACCACAAAUUUGCAUUAAAUUUAAAGAAUUUGCACGCCGAACUUCACAGCGCAAAACAAAGAUCAUGUCGACGUUUAUCUUUACGUCUGCAAGGAGGCAGUCAUCUCGUCUCCGCCAUAUCAGUCCGAUAAAACUGGCUACUUCUUAUUUCUUGUCUACAAAAGUAAGAUCAGUAACUGGCAGUAUUUUUGAGCGAAUUCCUAAAGAGGAGCUGGCACCGAAAACCAGACCACGACUGCGAGACAGGGAGUUUCUCCCAGGCUCAACGGGUGAAGGAUUCCCAGAGUUCUUGGCGGAGCCAAGUGACUCUUUCCCUCACGGAGUGCGAGUCAAUACUAGAGACCAGUCCUCUAUCUCAGAACUGGGUGCAAAUUGCAUGAAAUACAUAAAAGAGAACCUUACUGAUAGCCAGGCGAUAUUGUUCCGCGGACUUCCAGUUGAAACAGCAGAGGACUUCUUGGCCUUAACCGAAGGAAUGCGAGGCAAGCCUCUGAACUACGAGGGUGGUACUUCACCCAGACCCAAGGAAAUAGAAAAUUCUGAUAUCUACUUUGCCAGUGCUGAGCCUGGAGCGUACACCAUCGAGUUACACAAUGAAAUGGCGUAUCUCAAGACUUUCCCCAGGAAGGUAUUUUUUUUCUGCCUAAAAGAGCCUGGCGAGAAUUGUGGUGGCGAGACACCGCUGGGUAAAUGCAGCGACAUUGUACCCAAACUUGAUCCCGAAGUCGUGAAAAAAUUCGAGGCAAAAGGAGUCAUGUAUGCACGACAUCUGCCGGACAAAUCACGAUCAGACUACAUGCCCUGGCAGCAUCAGUUUUACACUGACGACAGAAAGGCAGCAGAAAUAAGAGCACAGCACCGAGGUAACACUGUAAGAUGGGACGAUAACGGUGAUAUGUACCUGACUUACACCGCGCCGGCCUUUCUUUCUCACCCAGUAACAGGAGAAAAAAUCUGGUUCAACCAAGCAAUACAACACCACUGUACUUACUCGAAAGCACUGCCACAGUACAAAGGUUCUGAUCUCCCGGAUGAGAAAUAUCCCUGUCACACCUAUUAUGGAGACGGAAGUGACAUCGAACCGGAAGUGUUACAACACGUCAGAGCAGUUUCAUGGUCAUGCGCAGUUGGGUUUCGGUGGAAGAAGGGUGAUUUAAUAGUGCUUGAUAAUCUGAACGUUCAGCAUGGACGAAUGGCCUUCACGGGAGAGAGAAAAAUACUGGUGCAUAUGACGGCAGACUGAACCUUAUCUUUCAUUUUGAGGCUUAGCCUUGUCUUUUACUUUUGUCAGGUUCAUCAUCAUUAGGCACCAUUUUUGAGACAAUUUUUUUUAACCAAAAAAAAAACUCAAUGUUAGCGUGUAGAGUGGUAUGUUGCUCGCACCAAUCAGAUCGCCGCAAUAGGGUAUGUAUCUUGCACCAAUCAGAUUGCCGCAUUAGGGUAUGUAUCUCGCACCAAUCAUAUCACAGCAUUUGGAUAUCAUGCACCAAUCAUUUUGGUGCGUUUGGGUAUUAUUUUCUAGUAAAUGAUGCCAUGGGGGGGCUGUGCACAAAGAAUGACAUUAACCGGAAAUUUUGGGCUCCGCGCAACAUUAGCAUAUAUUUUUUCAAAUUUUUUAUAAAGUGUCUCCAUGUCGUUUCAUAUACAAGUGACCUGACUCUCAGGUAUGUUCUUGUUCUCCUGAUAUCAGUUGAUAUUCUCUUGGCUAUUGUUAAUCAGUAAAAUGUUAUUUCAUUUGCUCCAAAAUAUUUUUUACGGCUUAAACAUGAAAUUUUUAGAAUUGCACAGUACGGAGGCUUCCCUUCCUCAAAGAAAGCAUUGCAUUGCAAAGAAUAAUUAUCACAACAUUCAUGUAUUCG